AUGGGAAAUAACUAAUCUUAAAAUAACUAGUCAAAAUUAAAAAAGAAAGAUGAUCUUAUAUUUUUGUUUAACAAUAACAAAAAACAAAAGUAUUUAUUUAAUCAAAUAUUUUCUAGUGUUUUUUCUAAAUUAUCAUUAAAAACAUUGUCACUUCUAACUAGUUUUUUGAGUAUUUAGGAAUACUAUAACAUUUUAUUAACUUCCAAGGAAACCUAUUAAUUGUUUAUUUAAACAUCAGGUUGUUUUCAAAUUGAAUGUCACAGACUUUUAAAUAUUAAUGAUAAUUUGAUGAUAUCAUAAAAUUGGAAAAAAAUUAUCUAAAGCCUUUUAUUCAUUCCAAUUAAGGCAUUACCUUUUAGAGAGUCAAUAAAAAGUGUUAGGUAAGAGUUAAAACAAAUUCCAAUUUUAUUAGAACAUAAAGUUGCUUAUAGUGGAUUUUAGAAAGCCAUUCUAUAUUUUUAAAAUAAUUCAACUUUUGAUAAUUAAGUUUUAUAAUAUAAAGAAUAUUAAGAAUCAAAAUAAUUUGCAAUAUAAAAUCAGGAUUUAGUUUUAAAAGUUAGACAAGGACUGGAUGUAUAUAUAUAAUUACCAUCAUUACUCAUGUAAGUUUACAAUUUGCAUGAUUAUAUAAAAAUAUAUGGUCUCUAUUUAGAAAUCAAAUUUUGUAAAUGUAACUUAAAACAGUUUAUUUAACUUUGGAAUCAUUAUAAGAGUUGGAUAAGUGUAUUAGAAUAGGAAACUGAUAAUAUUAUAGCCUAAUUUAAUUAUAUAAUAAAUGCUGCUUUUCCUCUAUAAAGAUUACCUAUUUAUACAGUUAGAUAAUUUAUGGUAAGUUAAUGGUUGAGAAAAUCAGAUCGAGGAGAAAUUAUUGUAAUGUUAAGAGAAGAAUUUAGAUUAAAAAUGAUUGAAAGCAGAAAUAAGAAUAUUAAAUUUCAAGAAUUGAGAGACUAUGUCUAAUAUUUAAUAGAAAUUAGUACAAAUUAAAUCAAUAUUCAUUAAUAUGGAUACUAUAAUUUUGAAUAUUGUCAAGAAAUAAAUACAUUAGUACAUUUAGCAGUAGAUUUAAGUCCACUAUUAACAAUUAAUUAUUAAAGUGAUGAAAGUAUGCUAAUCUAUAUAUUUGGUUAAUACAUUUAUGAUUAUUAAAUAUUUGAAUUGUUAUUCAAAUUUAGAAUUGAAUAAUUCAAAUAAUAAAUUAAGAUUCAUUAGUAAGCAAGUCAAAAAUUCAAUUAAAUUUUAGUUUAAAAAGUUGAAGAUUAGUAAUCUCUCCAUAAUAAUAAUCUCUUUGAUAAUUAAAUAUAGGAAUUUAAUUAUCAUUUAUCUAUGUAAUAUGAUGUUGAACUAAAAAUAAAAUCUCUAUUCAAAUAAAUCUCUUAUUCAAAUGAUAAUAUUUGUACUAUUUCUCAUAAUAAAUAAGCUGAAAGUUUAUAGGCAUCGAAAAUAUCAUUAGCAUCUACUAAUUGCAGCUCUUUUUUUUAAAGUUUUAUAAUUAAUGAUUAGUUAUAUCAUUAUGUUAAAUUUAAUUAACAAGAACUUUUCAAUUAGAUUUAACUAUUUUAUCAAAGAGGAAUUGCAAUUAGUUAUUAUUAACAGGAAAUUGAACCAGAAAAUAACAAUAUUUAUGAUAUCCCUGAAUUGGGAUAGUAUUAUGAAUUAACAUUUCCAUAACUAUUGCAAUUAUUUUCGGAUAAAAUUUAACGAUCUAAUUCUAUAUAAUAUUUUAAAAGACAAAUAUCAAUAUCUAUUUUUGAUCAAUAAUUAAAUCAACAUCAAAUACACACUAAACAACUUUCCUAGACUGAAUAGCUGUUGAUCAAUAUACUUAAAUGA